UAAACAGCAAUUUGUCAAAUAAUGACUCAAGAAAUGUCAGCUGUUUUUUAUUUCACACACACCCAUGUUCAAUUCCUCCAUAAGCCCUGUGUGAGUUGCUCUCUCUGCUGAGGCCGUUUGGGGUUCCACAUCGGCUGAGUCUGGGUUCUGACCUCUAUCUGGGGCAACGGGUGGGGCCUGGGAGGCCAUGUGAGCCUCCUCACACCUCCACACCAGGUAUCGACCUCAUGGACCUCGCUUCGGACUUCUUUCAACCCCGAGGCGAUGAUGUGGCCCGCAGCAGCUGGCAUCUGCGUAACCUUAUCACCGGAUAUCAAGAGACCUUCAGUGUCAUCGAGAAGUGUCCUAAGCCGGUGAUUGCGGCCAUCCAUGGGGCCUGCAUUGGCGGAGGUGUGGACCUCAUCACCGCCUGUGACAUCCGGUACUGUGCUCAGGAUGCCUUCUUCCAGGUGAAGGAGGUGGACAUAGGUUUGGCAGCAGAUGUAGGAACGCUGCAGCGACUGCCCAGAAUCAUCGGGAGCCAGAGCCUGGUCAACGAGCUGGCCUUCACUGCCCGCAAGAUGAUGGCUGAUGAGGCCCUGAGCAGUGGGCUGGUCAGCCGGAUGUUCCCAGACAAGGAGACUAUGCUUGACUCGGCCUUUGCCUUGGCUGCGGAGAUUUCCAGCAAGAGCCCCUUAGCAGUGCAGGGCACCAAAGUCAACCUGCUCUACUCCCGCGACCACUCGGUGGCUGACGGCCUCAACUACAUGACUUCCUGGAACAUGAGCAUGCUGCAAACGGAGGACAUCCCCAAGUCAGUUCAGGCCGUAAUGGAGAAGAAGGACUUGGACAGCGUCACCUUCUCCAAGCUCUGAGAACCUCCGCGUCCCAUUUCCUAGCCCAGAUCUGGCUUUGCCUCAUCUGGUGCCAGCGUUUGCUCAUCCACAAAGAGGGAGGAUUAAUGACCGCAUCACUUUCUUACCCAGUCUCCCAGUUUAAAACUUUUUUUUAGCCUAGGUUGUUAUCGUCACCGCAUGAAUAAUAAAGCAAUAUAAAAGA